AUGGCAGAACUGGUGGUCUACGGCCGGGAGAGCUGCAGUGCCUGCAAGCGCUUCAGGGGAAGCUGCGAGCAUCAUGGGAUCAAAUACAGGUUUGCAGAUAUCGACAGUGGUAGCAACAAGGCGGAAAUGCUUCGCAAAUUGCGCGCCACUGAGUGGUUCAAAGGUGGCAAAUUUGGAUUGCCAUUGGUGGACGUCUAUGGGAAGCUGCUGGAGCGCCCCAGCGAAGCCGCGGUGAAAGCUGCUAGGGAUGCAUUGCCCAAAGAUGAUCAGGUCGAGAAUCUCAAGAGGCACUUCAAGGAGCUGGAUCUCAACCAGGAUGGCCUGCUGAGUUUCCAGGAGAUGGACGAGCUUCUGCAGACCUUGGCGCCACAGCUGUCCCAAGGGCAACGCCAGAAGCUCUUCUGCGCCGCCGAUGUGAAUCAGAAUGGGGUCGUGGAGUUGGAAGAGUUCAUUGAUUUCGUGAUGUACGGAAAGGUGGCUGUGGCAAAAAUUUCCACGGAAAGCUUGGCUGACACAGAAACCAGCCAUGAAGAGGUGGCUGUGGCAAAGAUUUCCACGGAAAGCUUGGCUGACACAGAAACCAGCCAUGAAGAGGUGGGUUCUACUGCCCAUUGGCCAGAGACAAAAUAUGGCACUUGGAGUCACUGGAAGGAGAACACCUUGGAAGCACAUAACAUCGCGCGGCGGCAGCAUGGUGUGCCGGACCUGGCUUGGAGCGAUGAGUGCUACGACUUAGCGAAGAAGCAAGCGCAGGCAUGUCAAGCUGCUGGACAAAUGCUCCGGGGCCACUGUGACGGAGCAUCAGGUCGCCAUGGGCAGAAUCUCUAUUGGAAUCCAUGCAGCUGCCCUCAUCCCAACGUCAUUUUGAGCUCUUGGUUGAGCGAAGCGGAACGGCCCGGCUACGACUUCGCGGGGUCGGGGCCUGCGCCGGGCACGGAGCAGUUCAGCCAGGUGGUGUGGAAGGCAACGAGACAGGUGGCCAUGGCGUUGUCGGAAGAUGAGAAGUUCUGCGUGGCAAACUACUUCCCUGCAGGCAAUGCGGGAAAUUUCAAGGAGAACGUCUUCCCGAAAGGCACGGCAGUGCCCAAAGCCUUCGCUGGAGCACUGGCAGCGGCAAAGGGGGCGGCAACGGCGGAGGCCACCUUUGUGACUUCGCCCGAGGGAGUGGAGACCUUGAAAGUUCGGAGGUUUCCGCAUCCCACCAUCGAUGAAAUCCUGGAUAGCUGUCCUGGAAAUGAUUUCAAGGAAAAGAUUGAGGAGGCCUUCCAGCAAGGUGCUGAUUUGGUCACCAUCGAUCGCGUGCACAAGCCUCCGCGCAUCCACAUCCGAGUCAUCGCCAGCAAGAACUCCAAAAUCCUGACGCAGUUUCGCCGCGGCUUUGGAGGCUGA